AUGGGCAUAUUACUCGCAUUGGCCCUGGGUCUGCUCGGGACAGCGUCCGGCCUGGACUAUACCGAACCAUACCGUCCUCAAUACCAUUUCUCCCCUGCCGAAAAUUGGAUGAACGAUCCUAACGGACUACUAUAUCACGAUGGCACUUACCAUCUUUUCUUUCAAUAUAACCCGGCUGGUGUUGAAUGGGGGAAUAUGUCGUGGGGUCAUGCAACGAGUAGCGAUUUGACCCACUGGGAAGAGCACCCGAUUGCUCUACUUGCUCGCGGAUAUCCCAACGAGGUCACCGAGAUGUUCUUCUCAGGAAGUGCGGUAGCAGAUGUGAACAAUACGAGUGGCUUCGGAGUGGAUGGAAAGAUUCCUUUGGUCGCCAUGUAUACUUCUUCGUAUCCCGUGUCUCAAGACCUACCAAGCGGAAAAUCUAUUACCGCAGGGCAGCAAUCCCAGUCAAUCGCCUAUAGUCUCGACGAGGGAGAGACGUGGACAACAUACGAUGCCGAGAAUCCUGUAAUUCAUAACCCACCCUCUCCAUAUGAAGCAGAAUUCGAAAACUUCCGGGACCCCUUCGUAUUCUGGCAUGGCGAUACACAGAAAUGGAUAGCCGUCACAACUCUGGCAUCACUCCACAAGCUGCUGAUAUGGAGUUCUGACAACCUCAAAGAGUGGUCCUUGGCCAGCGAGUUCGGACCCUACAACUCUGUCGGCGGCGUAUGGGAAUGUCCCAGAACACAAUACUUCAUCGGCGACUUCGACGGAACAACUUUCCAGGCUGAUCCUGCUAGCAUCUAUCCAGGAAACAGUUCUGCCAACUGGAUGGAUUGGGGUCCGGACUUUUAUGCUGCUGCCAGUUAUAACGGACUUCCUAAUGGAGAUGUGGUCCAGAUUGCGUGGAUGAAUAAUUGGCAGUAUGGCACGGAGAUCCCGACAAGCCCUUGGCGAAGCGCCAUGUCUGUUCCCCGUCAGUUGUCAUUGCAGACGAUCAAUGGGAAGGUGACCCUCGUUCAACAACCGCAACAGAACUGGCAGAGUGUUGCCAACCACCAGACCUUGCAACAUUCCUGGAAAUCCGUAUCGAAAGGAUCAACCAAACUGAACUCCCCCGGCAAGGCAUUCAAGAUCGACUUGAGCUUUUCCGAUCAUGACUCCAAAAAAUCUCUUGCAUCUACGUUUGCGAUCGCUGUCCGUGCUAGCUCUGACUUUAAGCAAGAAACACUGAUCGGCUACAACUUUACCAGCAAGGAGGUCUUCGUGGAUCGGCGAAAUUCAGGAGAUGCAUCUUUUGACGACACUUUUGCAACCUUGUAUCACACAUCACUGUCAGCAGGCGCGGAUAAACGUAUCAACCUGCAGAUCUUCGUGGAUUGGUCUAGUGUUGAGGUAUUUGGGGGUCAAGGAGAGGUCUCUUUGACGGCUCAGAUAUUCCCUAAGGAAGAUGCAACUGAAGCGCGACUUGUCUCGACGGAUGGAGUGACCCAGAACGUCAAGCUUCAGAUCAACGGGAUUAAUUCAGCGUGGCACUAG